AUGGACAAGGUACUGGCUUAGAGAGAAACUACUUCACAGCCAUGUUUCACCGAUAGCGAGUCGGCCCUAAAAGGCGGGCUUUGCAUACGCCUGACGAUGAGGUGGAUUCAAGCACAAUGCCUGAUGCGAAGAUUAGUUGUGCUGGCUUUCCUUGGAGUCGCUUCUGUUGUUUGGGGCAGGCGCGAGUCUGGACUCGUCGGCGCGGGGAGGGAGCUACAGAGCUCUACCCUAAGCUCAUCGACCCUAAACAGCUCUCUGGACUUCGUCACAAGGCAUAACCUGACACAGGCCGUCGCUGCGGAGCUGCAGAGUCUGCUCCUGGAAGCGACACAGCAAUGUGACAUAGAUCGACAGGCGGCGGGGGUGACGGUGCGAUUGCAGCUGGACUACCUUUACCCCAUGCUCGUGUAUGCGGAGGCAGCGGGGCGGGCGUUCCUGCAGUCGGCGGCGGGGUUGGGGUCGGCGUCGUUCCUGGGCGGCACGGAGGUACGGCUGCUUUUCCCGCCGGCCAACGACGAAGUGACCAGCAGCCUGUUGUUCAGGUCCUACACCGCCUACACCGGCCGCGGCGACGCAUGGGUUGCGGACAGCACCACGGCGCCCUGCAAGACGGGCGAUUGCCGCGGCACGCGGCCGGUGGUCAUUAGCAGCAUAGCUGGCAAUAGCAGCAGCAGCAGCAGCAGUAGUGGCGUUAGCAGUGGGAGUGGGAGCGGCGUGGGGGCGGGGCUGCAGAUGGCGAGCGUGGACGACAUGCAGGGGCUUCCCACGAACCUUGACACGGACGCCAGCCCGCCGGAGCUGGUGCCCGGCACCACGGACCUGGCGCGGCCGCAGUUGCUCAUGUACUACAGGUAUGACGUGCUGGGCGCGCUGGGCCACCCGCCGCCCGCCACCUGGACCGACCUGGCGGACUGGGCCGCGGUCGUCAACGGCACCGUGGAUGCCGACGGCGACAGCAGAGGCGACCAUGCACUGUGUCUGGACUUCACAUCCAGCUGCAAGGCCGGCUACCUGGCCCUGGCCAUCGCGGCGAGCAUGCUACAGCCGGAGACGCCGGCGGGCACGUUCUUCGAGCCGGCGGACAUGAGCCCGCUAGUAGGCACGGUUGCGUUUGAGGAGGCGCUGCGGAUCAUCGAGCGCCUGGUGCCCUACACGGCGCCGCCGCUGCCCUCACGCAACGGCAGCUCGUCCUGCCGCGCCUUCGAGCCGGCCUUUUCGCUGGGCCGCUGCCUGCUCACUAUCAACUUUGACCAGAUGCGGGCCACGCCCGCGCCCGGCGCGGCCUUGGCGGCAAUCACCAACGCCUGGAACGACGUGGUGGGCGCGACCUCUGCAGUGCAGGUCUCCGGCAGCAGCAGCAGCGGCAAUGUGGUGGCGUUCCCGUUUGUGCGCGGCGCGCUGCCGGCGGAGGCGCUGGGCGUGGCACCGCUGCCAGGUAGUGAGAUUAUGUAUGACCGGGAGAAGUGCGUGCUGGCGCCCUGCUCGCCCGCCAACUGCCCCAACGCGGUCAACACCAGCUGCGCCGCAUCGGCGACCGACCCCCGGCAGCGGCGCUCCUGCAUCGUGAACCGCGCGCCGCUGGUGGCGGGGCUGGGAUACGACUACAGCGCAUCACCGGACGCGGACGCUGCGGCGCUGGGACGGCUGGCGGUGCUGCAGGCGAGCGCCGACGCCGCGCUGAAGCGCUGGCCGGAGGCGGUGGCGGGCACGCUGUUGAUUGGCAGCGCGACCGGCCCGUCGUUUUCGGAUGUGGGCGGUGGCACGAGCGUGAACAGCUUAGGCGGAGCCGCUAGCGGGGCUGCGGGCCGUCGGUCACGGCGGCUGGCAGCGGCAGCGCACGGAUCGGCAGAGCGCCGGUCGCUGCAGCGGCAGCUGACGGUGGCGGACUGGACCAACGCAAGCGGGCUGGUACAGCUGGGCUACUCGGCGGCCGAGGUGCGCCGCUACCUGGACGCGUACUGGGGCUCGCUGCUGGGCCAGGACGGCAGCGGCGGCGCCUCCAGCCCGGGCCCGCCGCGCAACGUGGUGCAGGAGCUGGCCUUCCGCGGCAGCAGCUACUUCACAAACGUGUUCGCGCAGGCUGUGGGCUGGGUGCUGCUGGGCGGACUGUCGCCCGGCAAUGCCUCCACGCUGGCGGCCAGCGACACGCGGCAGCUGCUGGCGCUGGUGGCGACCAACAUCACGCGCCUGGGGUACAAGUACAGCCAGGACAUAGGGUACAGCGGGAAUCGCGGCAGCCACGCGCCACUGCCAGCCGGCGACAGCGGCGGCCUUAGCGACUCGCAGCUGGCGGCGGCGAUUGCGGUGCCGGUGGUGGUGACGGUCGUGCUGUUGGCGGCGCUUGGGCUGGCGGUGGUGCUGGUGAUGAAGAAGCGCAAGGCCGGCGGCUGGGGCGCUGUGGCGCCGCCGGGCGCGGGUUCCGGCACCACGCUGCUGUUGACUGACAUCCAGAACAGCACGGUGCUGUGGGAGACGCUGCCGCCCGACGUGAUGGACGCCGCCAUCCGCUGCCACCACGACGUGUUGCGGGGGCUGCUCCAGCCCCAUGGCGGCUACGAAAGCGCAACAGAGGGCGACGCCUUCAUCCUGGCUUUCCACACCGCCGAGGAUGCGGCCGCUUACGCGGUAGCAGCGCAGGUGAUGCUGAUGGAGGCGGCGUGGCCGGAGGAGAUGCUGACGCACCCCGACUGCGAGGUGGUGUGGGUGUCGCCACAGCGUAUGAACCCAACCGCGUCCCUCAGCUACGUGUCCCGGGAGCUGCUUUCUGCGCUCACCCGGGCAGUGCAGACUGGCACCGCGCAGGCGGGCCUCACGCUCGGUGGGGGCAGCGCCGCAGCUGCUGGCGCCGGUGCCGGCGGCGGCGGUGGCGACGACACCAACGCCCCCGUGGCCUCCAGCAAGACGCUGCUGCGCUGGCUGACGCGGUUUGGGUCCUCGGAGCUCCGCUCAAGCAGCGGUGUGGCCAAGUUGGGCAGCAAGAAGCGCGGCUCCAGCGACGGCGGCGCCGGCCGCGAUGCCGACGGCGGCGGCAACCAGCCGAGCAUGGGCACAAUUAAGAGCGGCUUUGAGGCCAGCAUCUACGGCCGCAUCACACAGGCCAACUCCUUCCGCAAGGACAGGUCCGGGCCCGAGCCGCGCGGCGGCGCCGCGCCUGCCGCCAGCUCGCCUCUGGAGCAGAUGCUGGCGCACACCGGCAACCUCAACGCCAGCGCCAUGAACCUGGGCCCCCUCACCAAGUGCCCCUCCGACAUCCGGAGCUACAUGGAGAACGAGCAGGAGGGCAUGCCCGACUUUCUCACCACGCCGCGCGCGGCGGCGGCCGCCGCAGGCGGUGGCGCGCCCGCCAGCUCUGCCGCGCUGCUGGCGGCGCAUAACGGCAUGGUGGAGCCGGUCCGCAGCACCAGCAACCUGCUGCCGACGCUGCCGGGCGGCUGCGUGACGGUGGCCACGCUGACCGAGGCGCUGCGGCAGGGCUGGCGCAAGGUGGUGCCAGGCUCGCAGGGCGGCGGCGCAGCUGCGGCCGCAGGCACCCCCGGGGGGGCAGAGUUCGGCGGUGCCGGCACCGGCCUGGCGGCCAGCCCGCGCAGUGGGACUCUGGACCUCAGCGGCAAUGUGGCAGCGGCCGCGGCGGCGGCGUUUGGCGGGGCUGGUGGAGGUGCUGCCAGUGGCGCGGAGGGCGAGCCGCAGGUGCCGGAGUACCUGCUGGCCUUCCGCGGGAUGCGCGUCAGGAUGGGCCUGCACUCGGGCGCGGACGUGAGCGAGGUGUCGCUGAACAAGGCCACCGGCCGCACCCAAUACAGCGGCACCUUCAUGACGGAGGCCAAGGCCGUGUGCGACUCGGCGCACGGCGGGCAGGUGGUGCUGUCGCCCACCGUGUUCAAGCAGUUGCCACCCGGCUGCCUGGCCAAGGCCGCAUUCCUGCUGCACAUGGGCGAGCACACGCUCGACGACUACUCCAUUGCCAAGCGGAAGCGGCAGCAGGAGGCGGCGGCGGCGGCGGCGCGGCGGAGGGCCGAGGGUGGCCGGCCGGGCAAGCCACGGACGGGCCGGGCCCUGGGGCUGCCUGACCUGGAGCAUUUCGACUCGGCGAAGGAGAGCGGAGGCGGCAGCAGCGGCGGCGCGGAGGCGGGCGAGGAGCCUGUCGAGGAGGGAGGCGAGGUGCCGGAGGAGAGCGAGGAGCCGGAGCCCAUUCCGCUGUACCAGAUGCUGCCGCACCGCCUGGCGUGCAGGUUGCCGUUCUUCGAGCCACUGCGCUCCAACUCCUACCUGUCACUGGGCCUGCCGGACGCACCGGUGGGGCGCGUGACGGUGGCGUUCAUGUACGUCAUUGGCGCGCAGGCGCUGCUGGCCUGGAACGCGCCCCUGGCCACGGAGGCGCUGACGCUGUUCCACAACACCGUGGCGGCGCAGCUCAAUGCAGCGGACGGAUACGUGGUGGAGCUGGUGGACGGGCUGUGCCUGGCCGCCUUCCGCUCCUCCGCCGACGCGCUGCUGUGGGCGCUGCGCUGCGGCCGGCAGCUGCUGGCAGCCCCCUGGGACGACGAGCUACUGGAGCACGAGCUGUGCGAGGAGGUGUCGCUGCCGCUACACGGGGAGUGGGGCGCGGCGGCGGGAGGAGGCGGAGGCACGGGCGCCGGCGGCAUGGGCGCGGGGGCAGGGGGCCUGACGGAGGCGCGGCUGGGCUCGGUGUCGGGGCCGGGCGGCAUGGGCGGCGGAGGCGGCACGCCGCAGUUUGGACUGUCGCGCGCCACAGCCAUCCGGUACAAGACGCUGAUGCGCGGGCUGCGGCUCAAGGUGGGCAUGGACACCGGCUUCGUGGCGGACUCCAUCAACGCCACCACCGGCCGCAUGGCCUACCGCGGCCGGCCCAUGAACCGCGCCGCGCGCAUCGCCAGCAAGGCGCUAGCGGGCCAGGUACACUGCAGCGCGGCGGUGUGGGCGUCGGCGGUGGACCGGCUGGGUGUGGUGGCGCGUGCGGGCGGCGAGGACGAGCUGACGGCCAGCAGCCUGGGGCUGCAGAGUCUGAAGGGCGUCAUGGAGAAGAUCGAGGUCCUGUCGGUGUCCUACAAGGGCAAUGCCCUGUCCGCCGAGGAAGCUGCAGUGGUGGCACGCCACGCGCCCCGCAGCAGCCACAACAGCACCAGCAUCACCGCCACCAACAGUAGCAACCCCAACGUGCUUUCUGGCCUUGCCUCCGCCUUCAGCCUGGCCCCUGGCGGGCCCUCCUCCGCCUCCGUCUCCGCGGCUGCGGCGGCCGCCGCCAGCGGCGGCAGUAUUACCGCUGCCCUCUCCCGCGCCUCGCUGCUCAACGCGGUGCUCGGCGCGGGCACCGCCAGUACUGGUGGCGGCGACCGCGCGUCGCCAUCCGCGCGCAACCGCUCGCCGCGCCGCGUCAGUGGCGGCGCCGUCCUCUUGGGCGGCGGCAGCACCGGCGGUGUUGGUGGUGGCGGCGGCGGCGGUGGCGGCGGCAGUGGGGGAAACAGCCUGUUGCCUGCGGGCGUGGCGGCCUCGCCCUUCGGCAGCAGCGGCGCUGGCGGUCUGUUGCUGCGCGGCAACGGCGUGCGCAGCGGCACGCUGCCGGUGGGCAACCCUGCUGAGGGCGGCGCGGCGUCGCCGCUGUCCCGCACCACUGCCUACAGCCCCGCAGACACGCCCUCGUCGCCGGUGAUGGGCGGCGGCGGCGGCGGCGACACGGCGGCGCACAAGGAGCACAUGGUGCUGCACCUGAACCCGCUGCACGACACCGCCGCCGGCAGCACGGUCAACAGCGGCACCCACGCGCUGGUGGACUCGGUCACAGGCGCCGGCACGAGCGGCAGCUUUGCGGCCGGGGGUCUGCAGCCGGCGGCGGCGACGCCGCCAAACCCGGGUGCUGGCAGCGCCGCCACCGCCGCCUUCCUCUUGUACGGCAGCCGCCGAGUGCCGCACGCCUCCGGCCUGGGGCCCGCGCCUGCGGCGCCGGCGCCCUCGCCUGCGGCGAUCGGCCUGCCGCCGCGGCCUCUGAGCCAUGGCGGCAGCGGCGGUGGUGCCGGCGGCGCUGCGGGCGCCGGCAGCCUGGCAUCAGGGGAGCCGUCGCCCGCGGGAACAGCCGCCGACAGCGACGCGACGGAGGGCGCCGACAGCCCGGCGGCGGCGGGCAAUCUGGCGCAGAACACGCCGCCCGGCCUCAACCGCGUCAUCACGUUCGGCGCCACUGUCGGCGCCGCGGUCGUUGAGGACGUAAACUUCUUGGCACUGCCGCCGCCAUCGGGCCCGGCGCCGGCGCUACAGCUGCCUACCCGCUCCCCCGCCACCUCUUCCGACACGGGCAUGGCCCCCAGUGCCUUCGCCAGAUCGGAGCCGCCGGGACUGCUUGGGCUCCCGCCGCAGCCGCCGGGGGGGCUGCAGGCCAGCCACACGGGUACGGCGCGGCGCGGCUCCACCGGCACGCGACUGCCGCCCGGAAUGGACAGCCUGGUGUCGGCGGCGGCGUCAGCUUACGGUGGCGGCAGCAGCAGCCGCAACAGCCAGGGGCAGGAGCACGGGCUGGACCCGGCCACGUUCCUGGCGGCACAGCAGCUGAGCAUCAACCGGCGCGACGGCCCGGCGCCGUCGGGGCAGGUGGAGGUGCCGCUGGACCAGCUCAGCCUGCAGGUGCUGCUGGAACGGAUUGAAAAGGAGUGAGGAGUGAGGGCUUGGGCGGGAGCGGGCCAGUUGGGAAUAAGGAGAAGGGUAGGUGCGGGGAUGGGCAGAUUGAAGGGGAGAGCUGUGGGCAGGUUGGUGCAAUGGUGCAUUUGGCUGUGGCAAUACAUCGCAGCCUGGUUCGAUUAUGCGCUUGGGUUAGAAGACGAUAGAUGAGGAUUGUGUCGUCGAUGCAGGAGGGGCCGAGCAGCAUUGCUUAGGUAAUCAACGGUAGGUCAGGCACAGUACUGUACUACACGGGCUGCGAGACUUUGCGAGGGUAGGGGGUGUCCGUACUGUGCCCAGUAAUGGGAUAGAGUUGGAGGCGCUAGGGCGCAGGCCGAGCGAUCACUGUGAUGCUUUGGAAGGGUUCUUGUCGCUGCAUUGCAGAGAGGUGUUUGCAACUGGGGCUAAAGUCGCCUUGUGGCUUGUCUAACUCUUGCGGCAGUGGGUGCAGUGCUGAGUGGUGCGGGCGGCAUGAGGCGGCGGCGUAGUUGCCCUGACUGAUUGGCAACAGGCUUGGCCCCGGAAAUGCGCGCCCAGCCAGAGGCGAUAAAGCCGAUGUGCCUGACAGUCACGGCCUCUUACCCUGUUGCUCCAGAAUGGCGACUCAAACCAUCCGCUCAUUGUUGUCGUUUCAUCCGUUUCUUACAAGGGGGUGGGGGGUUGCACACGGAGGCACUUGCAAAGAUGCGCUGGUGGCGUUGUGUGGUGUCCACUGUACGGGAGCCAUUGGUGUUGGCGUUGUGGGGAAGUUGAAGGUUGCGACUGUUGUGCUUCGGGGACGAAUGCAUUGCCUGAUUUACCAUGAUGGAUUCUUACAUGCGUACAUCGACUGUGGUUGCUCUGCAUUCGUAUAAUGCUUGCUGUGUGAAGAUCUGAUGAGAAGUGUUGCCGGGUUGGCCCAGGGCGAUGGAGGGCGAAGACCAAGCGCAUUGUUGCUUUGUGUGGGAAAGCGAUGGCGAGAGUUCAGCCGGACGAUGGCAGCCCGCUAGCGAAGGUGGGCUGUAAGCUUGUUUCCCU